CUGUAAAAUUUGUAAUCAAGUAUCUUCAUUUUAACACAUUAUUAAACAACCUUCAAGGGAACUGCACAUGUGUUUGCUUCACACUUCUUUGUUCUUAGGUCAAGAACAAGAAGUUAGAAAGUUAUCAGCUAACGUAUUACUUUACUACAGGCCUUAGAAUUGAAUGGUGAAUAUUUGAUGAACCGUGCAGUUAGACUUGAUCUGGCGCGUGUAAGGGGUGCAUAUACACCACAUAGCAGCAAUGGGAACAAUUCGUUCCAGAAAGGUGGAAGAGGUAACGUUCAAACAAUAUGUCCGAUUUGAUCAGUCUCUUGGUCAGGAUGAGAUUAAGAAUUCGUUGAAAGAGCACUCUGGUUCUUGCGGAGAGAUUUCUAGGGUUGCAAUACCAGUAGAUUGGGCAACUGGUGGUGUGAAAGGUUAUGCUUAUUUGGAUUUCAACGACGGGGAUAGUUUCAACGAAGCUCUAGAACUUGAUGGGUCAGAACUUAAUAAAUUUUCCUUGACCGUGAAUGAGACAAAACCGAAAGGUGAUUCCCGUGAUGGACCUGGCAGUGGAAGAGGUGGUGGUGGCCGUGGUGGUCGGCGUGGGGUGGUCGAUUUGGUGGUGGUACAGGUGGUAGAGGACGUGGAACACCUAAUAAGCCAAAUCUUGGUGCUGCUGGCACAGGAAAGAAGACUACUUUCAAUGAUGAGGAUUAAGGAAGUGGGACUCGACUACUCGAGGGUUCCUUUUACCCUUGCUUGUCUACCUGCUUCCGUUGAAGUAGAAGUAAUUGUUUUGGUAGGUUACAAUUGUUGUUAUUUAUUUACAAUUUUGGCUUUCCUCCUCCAUUUUGUUGUCUUAAUUAUUAUUAAUAUUAUUAUUUUGCCAUUUUUCUCUUUAGUCUCCAAGUGUUAAUUUAUCAGAACUACCAUAUGGCCUAUAAAUUUCAUAAUAUAAUACAAAUCAACGUAUCUUUCUCUUGGA